CUCUUCCUACACUCUUCAACACCAAUUUCCUCCCUUCACUUUCUCUCUCUCUCUUUCGCUUGCUCCCUUCGCCAUGCCUGGUCAAGUGAUGCCAGAGAAGACCCUUCACGGCAUUCAUGUCCUCGGACCGGAAAACAAUCCUCCCUCUCCUAGAAGGUUGGAAGGGAAGAUUGCUAUAGUAACAGGCGGUGCCAGAGGAAUUGGAGAGGCAACAGUACGGCUAUUUGCCAGACAUGGUGCCAAAGUAGUGAUUGCAGACGUUGAGGAUACACGGGGAAUCAUUCUAGCCAACUCUUUAUCUCCUUCUGUGAUAUUCGUCCACUGUGAUGUUAGCCAGGAAGAAGAUAUUGAGAACUUGAUAAACUCCACAGUUUCUCAUUAUGGCCGGCUCGACAUUCUUUUCAACAAUGCUGGGGUUCUUGGAAACCAAUCAAAGCACAAGAGCAUUCUUGAUUUCGAUGGGGAUGAAUUUGAUAAGGUGAUGCGUGUAAAUGUUAAAGGGAUGGCUUUAGGGAUCAAGCACGCAGCUCGAGUAAUGAUUCCUAGAGGAGUUGGAUGCAUUAUUUCAACAGCUAGUGUAGCUGGGGUGAUGGGAGGUCUUGGUCCUCAUGCGUACACAGCUUCCAAGCACGCCAUUGUUGGGCUCACAAAGAACACAGCUUGUGAGCUUGGGAGAUAUGGGAUUAGAGUCAAUUGCAUAUCUCCAUUUGGGGUGGCCACAGAUAUGCUCAUCAAUGCGUGGAGAACCAGUAGCGAUGAAGAAGAAGACUGCAUGAAUUUUGGGCUGCCGUGUGAGCAACAAGUGGAGAAGAUGGAAGAGUUCGUGAGAUCACUAGCUAACUUAAAAGGUUCAACUCUAAGGACUAAAGAUAUAGCUGAGGCCGCUCUUUAUCUUGCCAGUGAUGAAUCCAAGUAUGUCAGCGGCCAUAACCUCGUUGUGGAUGGUGGAAUUACCACUUCAAGAAAUUGUGUUGGUCUGUAAAUACAAUUUGCCAUUUUUCCCUUUUUUUUAGGAUUUUUUUUUUACUUUUCCUUUUCUAGCUUUGCAUUCGUUAGAACAGGCAUCUAGUGUAAAAUUAUUCCUCUAUUAAUUAUAGCUCUUUCAAUUUUAUAUA